AUGGCGACCGUCAAUCAAAAUAUGUUCGGAGCGAGCAUAACUGAACGACCUGGUGGCGCCCAGUUGAUGGCGCUACCGUUGAACCUCAUCGCGGAGAUCGUCUCACAUGUUCAUGAUGCGGGGGAUCUCGCCCGAUUAUGUCGAACAUGUCGCGUCCUCAACUACAUGGCAUUGCCGCAGCUAUACCGCAACUUGACGCUGACCUCCUACGACAAAAUCCGUUAUCGCGGCGAACAACCAGAAGGAAUCGGGAGCGCCAGUCCUUUCACGAUGGGUCUCAACGCUGUUAUCACACGGUCCUAUGCAACGUUAGUACGAUCAAUGACACUGCGGGGGGAAUGGAAGGAACCGGAGCUUGAGGAAUAUGCCCGAGUUGGCCGAGUGCCCGAUUCUUCAAUGUUGCUGAACAUUGCCGCCCGCGCCGCCAUAGAUCGCAUGACAAACCUGGAAAGCUUCCAUUGGGAACUGAAUACCAAGAUGCUGGACACAGUGUUUACGGGACUAGUACAGCUGCCGAAGCUUACGUCUUUGACUAUCCGGUUUCCCUCGAGUCGUCACCCGCAGCCCACCUUUGUGAUACCCGGCAUGCCGCACUUGCGAUGUCUGAAAAUCACCGACAUCGACCCGUUAUGCUACCCGGAUGAUAUCGCGACGCUUCUCUGGAAAAGUAGAAAACUGCGCGAAUUGAAGAUGCACUGGUCGCCUCGCAUGCGGGAUGCGCAGGAGCCCAGUGUCUCUCUGCACGAUUACUUCCGUAAGCUUAUCUCAAGCAAGCAAUCCCUAGCCGUGAAGAAGAUGUCAUUCCAGAAUCUCUAUGCAUUCCACACAGAGGAUUUCAAUUUCGCUUUCGAUCCGACGACCGUCGAAGACGUCACAUUCCUCACCGGUGUCGAGGGAUCCAGUUUGGGCAACACCUUUGUCGAGAACAGUUGGCCGACUGUCCCGCCCCGUGCGAAGCUCCGCAUGAAAUCCGUUCGCAUGGAUGCAGUAUCAAAACGUAACGCCGAGUUCAUUGGGAACUUCAAUGGGCUCGAGCGCCUAUACUUCGUCAAUGUCACCGCCGACUCAACUGACCCUCUCAAUUCCCCGCGACCCGGAGCAGGCGGCGGAUCCGCAGCGCUCACGCCGCCGGGAUCUGAACACCAAUCGACCGGUGUGCAAAGUGGAACUACAGCCAAUUCACCUAUCACUGCUACUUCACCGGUUAGCCAGCUCACUGCUACGGCUAGCAUGCGAGAUAUUUACCUCUCACACAUUACCACGAACCACGGCGCAACACUGCGCCAUCUCCUCCUUCCCUCCAAAUGGCCUCUCUCCAUCGGCAUGGUCGCGCGUCUUGUGCAUAGCUGUCCGAAUCUGGAGCAGCUGGCGCUAGCCACAGAGUUCGCCAGCAUGGAUUCUCUGGGCCUGCUUAUACCCUUCCUUCGAAAAUUGAAAGCCCUUCGUCUUCUCAUACCCCCGUCGACCGUUACCCCAUCGACCGGACAGUCCCAGCCCGGUCCAACAAACACUGCUGUCAGGACAUCCCAUCCCGCCCAAGGAAAGCCCGCGUCCGAGAGCAGUAAAAUAGUCGAAUCGACUCUUGCGAAUGCCAAAACCCUCGCGGAAAUAGUAGAACUCGACGACGCCAUCCUGUCCGAAAUGAUAAGCUACGAACUCGCCGACAAGAAUGUCUACGGCAACGUGAAAAUAAUGGGCAUGGGUUGGAAGGCCUGGGAACUCAGAGACUUCUACAAAGCACCCCUUCCUUCCGAGCCCAACGGAGUCUCCCAAUCACCGAUUAAUGGCGACACCGAGCCCGCAGAGACUGCUAGCGACAGCCCAGCUCAUCUGCAAGGGCCCAAUGGCUCCCCUGCUACCAAACUACCACAUACCUCAAUCUGGUCAUAUCCCUCACCGGCUCCUAGACCCGGUCUGCCGCUAUCAUCAUUAGGAAAAAGAACACGCGAAGACGAUACAGAUAGUCCAAGACGAACUCCCGGCUUCGGCGAUAGACGUGAGGAGAACGAGGAUGAUUCACACCGGGAUCCGGCUCUGGGCUGUGGUCCUCACCAUAUGACGAAUGACGGCCGGGUGUGGCGGCGGCGUAUGCGGAGGGUUGGUUGGGAGGCUUUGAAGCAUUGGGAGAUUUGGGGGUUGGAUGCACAGGAGAUUUGA